AUGCUACACGCAAAUACCCCGCGGGCUACAGCAGGGAGAGACUGCAUCCCGCCCACGCUCCCAGGACUCUCCUCCCUCCCCCCUCCUCCUUCACAAGCAAACCGUGAGAGAACUUCUGGUCCAAAGUCUCGCCAACCCUUCACUGCGCAACCGCAAAACCCCACAGUGCGCCUGCCAACCUCGUCCAAUCAGAGCGUGGCUAUAGACCGGAUGAGGCGGGGCUCACUGGGCACUGAGAUGCGAAUCAACGCCUUUGGACGGCCACAGGCGGAAGCGGAAGCGGAAGCGAUCCAGGAGCUGUUGGCCAGGAGGGGGCUGCGGGUCUCGGCCGUGUGGAGGCAGCUCCUUGAAGCCGCCGCCGCCGUCGCCAUGAUGCAGGCAGAGGGGCGGGGGGGGCGGCGGCGGCGACUUGGCCUGGUCCGGUUGGCUCCGCUGUGUCCGUCCGAGCUGGGGCGAUACCCGUGCGAGCGGGGCGAGCGGCGCCAGCCGCGCCGGGCCAAGGUCUUGGGCCGCGGCAGGCGCAGGAGAAAGAGGAGCUCUUUCCCUCGAAGCCGCGGCGUUAGUAAAGCAGAGCAAAACCCGGCCGCCCCCUCCCCACCUCUGAUUGUGCCACCCGAGCCUGUGCCCCAGGGAGGCCGGGAGGGUGGGCGACGGGAGGGGCAUCGGGCCCCUUGGCCUACAGCCAGCCGCCUCCGGCUCCUCCUCCUCUUCCUUUUCUUCCUCUUUCUCCUCUCCUCUUUUCCCCUUCUAUUCUUUUUUCUUCUCCUCUUCUUUUCACUUUUCCUUUUUUUUUCUUUUCUUUUCUUCCUCCUCCCCCCUCCCCCUUUCUUUCCCUUUCCCGGGGUUGAUUUUGACGAAAACAUGCCUUGCACCUGGAGGAACUGGAGGCGAUGGAUCCGGCCCCUCGUGGUGUUUCUUUACCUGGUGGCCUUGGUCGUCUCUCUGCCUCUGUGCAUAUGGGAACUGCAAAAAUUAGAGGUUGGGAUACACACAAAAGCAUGGUUUAUUGCUGGAAUCUUUUUACUAAUGACUGUACCAAUAUCUUUCUGGGGGAUUUUGCAACAUUUAGUGCAUUACACUCAACCUGAACUACAGAAGCCAAUAAUAAGGAUUCUUUGGAUGGUGCCUAUAUACAGCUUGGAUAGUUGGAUAGCUCUGAAGUAUCCCACCAUUGCAAUCUAUGUGGAUACUUGCCGAGAAUGCUAUGAAGCUUAUGUCAUAUAUAGUUUCAUGGGAUUCCUUUCCAAUUAUCUGACUAACCGGUAUCCAAAUCUGGUAUUAAUCCUUGAAGCCAAAGAUCAGCAGAAACAUUUGCCUCCUUUCUGCUGCUGUCCAUCAUGGGCAAUGGGAGAAGUAUUAUUGUUCAGGUGCAAACUAGGUGUACUGCAGUAUACUGUGGUCAGACCAUUCACAACUAUUAUUGCUCUAAUCUGUGAGCUGCUUGGUGUAUAUGAUGAAGGGAACUUUAGCUUUACCAAUGCUUGGACUUACUUAGUUAUAUUCAACAACGUGUCACAACUGUUUGCUAUGUAUUGCCUUGUGCUGUUUUAUAAAGUACUGAGGGAAGAACUAAAUCCAAUUCAACCUGUUGGCAAAUUUCUUUGCGUAAAGAUGGUUGUUUUUGUUUCCUUCUGGCAAGCAGCAAUCAUUGCCUUAUUGGUAAAAGUUGGAGUUAUUUCUGAAAAGCAUACCUGGGAAUGGCAGACAGUAGAAGCUGUGGCUACAGGUCUACAAGAUUUCGUCAUCUGUAUUGAGAUGUUCUUUGCUGCUAUUGCUCAUCACUACAGCUUUUCCUACAAACCCUAUGUGCAGGAGGCAGAGGAAGGCUCAUGCUUUGAUUCUUUUCUUGCAAUGUGGGACGUUUCAGAUAUUAGAGAUGACAUAUCUGAACAAGUAAGAAAUGUUGGAAGGACAGUCCUGGGUCAGCGUAGUAAAAAGUUUUUUUCAGAUGAAGAAGAACAAAAUGAAAAUACCAGUUUAUUAUCAUCUUCUCAAGACCAGAUUUCUGUUGCUUCUUCUAUGCCAUCUUCACCCUUGGGUCACUACCAAGGGUUUGGACACACUGUGACACCACAGACUACACCUACCUAUUCUAAGAUGCCUGAUGAAAUGUAUAAUGCUGUUACAGGAGGAAAUGAAGAACCUUCAGCUAGGUAUAAAUCUGUGGCCUCCUGAACAUUCAGAGGAAUAAUGUUUCUUCUGUUCUGCCAUGUUACUUCAUAACCUGGUAUCCCAUCACUUACGGAUUUUGUGCUUGGGACAACACUGAACUGAUGGAAAAUUCUAGCACAAAGAUGGUUGGUGAAAGCCAGGGUGUGUAUAAAGGUAGAGUCGAAUUUAAAACUGAAUUAAGCACAUUUUGUGUAUCAAAUAAUCAGUCUAAAUUUCAAGACUUGAUUUAUUUCUCAAUGUCAGAAUACCACAUGCUCACAUUUGACGAAGAGAAGAAAAUGACUGCAACUAUUACUGACAUUAAACUGCUCUGUCAAAUAGAUGGACAUGAAAAUCAAUGUUUUCUACCCUUGCUGCAUGGAAUAGAAUGCUGCUGAAUUAACCUGAAGAGUGGACUUUAUAAACAAUUAGGUAAAUGAAUUAGUGGGACUUAAUCAUAAUUAAAGUUAAUGGUUACUUAUGUAGGUUGUGCUUACAUAACAUUUAAAUACUAGAUUUUAUUCCAUUCAAUAAAAGAAGGGACUUCUAUCCUA